AUGAUGUCUCACAAUUAUCCACAAAAUCCAGUGAGCUACAGCAUGAUUAACGCUUGUUUACAAUCCAACCUUCUCCAUUAUUCCCCUCUCUCAGAUAUUCGACGAGCGCUGGAAGAAGUGAAUAAUAAAACUAACCAAUAUGAAGAACUUUCUCAAAGUACACUCUUCACUAUCGGCGGUCUCUUGUCGUCUGCAUCAUCGAUUCAAAGGCGAAUCAGUCAACAAUUAGAUGAUCAAGACAUGCAGGUUCAAACGUAUGUUCGAUGUGAAAUGCAACACUAUUCGAAAAUCAAUCAGCCUGGGAUGUAUAAACGCGUUAUAGCAGCGAUCGAAAAUUUGACAAGAAGAUUUGGAGUACUACGUAGAAAAUACACUACAAAUGUGGACCAAUAUAAAGCUUUACUACGUCAACUUGAAGAUGAAAUAAGGAAUGGUGAAAGGAACGUCAGUAGUGCUGUUACACAACCAUCUACAAACGAACAAGCUCCAAUUCGUCAUGAAUGUCGCUACAGUGUAAUUUCGAGACGACAGAGUUCAGAAGCUCCAAUUCGUCAUGAAUGUCGCUACAGUGUAAUUUCGAGACGACAGAGUUCAGGUACCGCGUACAAUCUCUCAAAUAUUCAGCAUAACACUACUGUCAAUCCAGAUACAACGACAGCUGAACCAACAACAACAGCAACAACACAAGUAAUUAUCGAAUUGUUCCAAGAAAUGUCACAGUAUCUACUGAGCAAAAUAGUAUACUGAUGCGAUUACUUAUUGGUACUCAGUGAAAAACACGAAAAAUUAAUGCUACAACUCGGACGGAAACUGUG